AUUUCCAUGUCUGGAAUUCUGGUUGGCCGGCUUGGCUUGGUCUUUGUCCAAAGCCUGUGCGUGAUCUCGGAAGCUUGCCUGGGUGGUUUUAGAAACGGGGACCUCGCGGAGAAGACAAACCACGCUAACGCACAGUCCUCCGGAGCAAAGCGACCAACUCAGCCCUGUCUCCCAGCCGGGCACACAUCGAAAGCAGCUAAAAUUGAACUUUCGUGGCUUCUCCAUUGCUCUUUUAAUAUUGUCCUACAAGCUAUUUUUUUUGUUGACAUUAAUCAACUUGGCAGACUUUUUUUUUUUCUUGAAGAUAAUCAAAGCAAUCCUUUUUAUAAAAAACUUUUUUUUAACACAAACUUUUUAAAUCAAUUCUCUCUCUCUUAUUUUUUAAAGGAGAACUUUGAUUUUGAAGUCGUCUUGAAAAAAAAAACAGAAGGAAAAAAUAUUUUAUUUGAAGAAAUACUAAAGAGAAAAAAAAACGUAAUAUUGAUGGUGGUUUGUCUUUUUUUCUUUCUUUUUUUUUUUUUGCAAACACCAGACAGUAAAUCUCCGAUUCCAAAACGAGGGCCCCGGACGGACUGUGCGUUUGGGAAAGUCUAUAGCACAACACAGCAAACUAUCAAAAACCGCUGCACAGCUUUUGCAGUUGUGAAAAAGUUGAACUAGUGUUUUAAUCGAUUCUCUUUUAGGUCCUACAUUUUUUAAUUGUCCUCACACUAUGGCUGGGAUCAACGUGCUGUCUCUGGUUUGGGCUUCUGCUGUGCUUUUGGUUGCGGUGCGUGCAGAACUGAAGACCAGAACCUGCACCGAAGUGAGGCUCGCGUACGGGUCCAAGGGUUUUAAUCACAAUGACGUACCACACCAAGGAGUGAACGGUGCCCAGUUGAAGGUGUGCCCGCAGGGCUUCACAUGCUGCACCCCUGAGAUGGAGGAGAAGCUGAGCCAGCAGAGCCGCACUGACCUCCGAGCCCCAGUGACCCAGCUGAGCUCCAACCUGCAGAGCACCUUCACACAGCGCCACCGUCGCUUUGACCAGUUCUUCAAGGAGCUGCUGGACAACGCGGAGCGCUCCCUGCACGACAUGUUCACCCGGACGUACGGAGUCAUGUACGUGCAGAACGCAGAGCUCUUCAAGCAGUUCUUCCAGGACCUCAAGCGCUACUACGUGAGCGGGGGGGUGAACCUGGAGCAGAUGCUGUCCGAGUUCUGGGCUGGGCUGCUGGAGCGCAUGUUCAAGCUGGUCAAUGUCCAGUACCAUUUCACUGAGGAGUACAUGGAGUGUGUCAGCAAGCACACUGAGCAGCUCAAGCCCUUCGGAGACGUGCCUCGCAAGCUCAAACUGCAGGUCACGCGCUCCUUUGUGGCGGCCAGGACUUUCGCACAGGGGCUGGCGGUCAUUGGCGACGUGGUCAGCAAAGUGUCCACGGUGAACGCAUCUCCGGACUGCGUGAGAGCUGCCAUGAAGAUGAUGUACUGUCCCUACUGCAGCGGGCAGGUGGCACUCAAGCCCUGCCCCAAUUACUGCCUCAACGUGAUGAAGGGCUGCCUCGCGAACCAGGCCGACAUGGACACGGAGUGGAACAACGUCAUGGAUGCCAUGCUGAACCUGGCAGAGAGACUAGAGGGCCCCUUCAACAUUGAGGCUGUGAUGGACCCCAUUGAUGUCAAGAUCUCAGAUGCCAUCAUGAACAUGCAAGAAAACAGCAUGCAGGUCUCCCAGAAGGUGUUCCAGGGGUGUGGGCAGCCCAGGCCUGCUGUUCCAGAUCGCGUCUCGCGCUCGGCUCCUGAUGGCGGGUUCAAUGCCAGGUUCCGCCCCUACAACCCGGAGGAGAGGCCCACUACUGCAGCGGGCACCAGCCUUGACAGACUGGUCCCUGAUGUGAAGAAGCACCUCAAACUGGCAAAGAAGUUCUGGUCCACGCUGCCGGAGAGCGUGUGCGCGGGAGAGCUGAUAAGCGCUGGAGACGAGUGCUGGAACGGCACAGCAAAGAGCAGGUACGAUUCUGUGGUGAUGGGAAAUGGUUUAGCCAACCAGGUGGCCAACCCCGAUGUGGAGGUUGACAUCACCAAGCCGGACUUGGUGAUUCGCCAACAGAUAAUGGUGCUCCGCCUGAUGACCAACAGGCUGAAGAGCGCCCACAACGGCCAUGAUGUCACCUUCUUUGACAUGAGUGAGGAUGGCAGCGGGGAGGAGAGUGGCAGCGGGUGCGAGGGCCAGCAUUGUACGUCCGAUUUCGUCUUCACCCCCACCAUCACCAAGAUCCCUCCAGUGAUCGUGAGAUUGGGUGAAGCUUCGGGGGCAGUCAGUCUGCCACUGACCAGCUUUGUCCUGCUGCUGGGAGCUGCAGCUCUGGCCAUGCUGGCCUCUCGGAGAUAAUCUCUCUGGCGGUAGUAGGAGGACUUUGUCAACGCACAGAGACUGUCUUAAAGAACAUGGUCAGCACCUGGCCUUUGUUUGUCAUCUGGGGACUUGUGCUUUUUUAUUUUAGAAACCAAUUAUUCAACGGACAUCAGUGUACAGCUUAGGGCCUCCAACCCAACCACUUUUUUUUUUUUUUUUUUAAACAGCAUUUUGUUUUGCCAUUCAAAAAAUGUAAAUAGUCACCCUGUGUGUGAGUGAGUGUGUGUGUGAGAGAGAGAGAGAGAGAAUGCAUAAAUCAGUUUUCAGUUAAUGGGUUCCGCCCCUCUCGCCACCACACGUGCCCCCAUUGCUUCUGUUAAAAUAACUUAUUUUGAGGUUUGUGAUAUUCAUAAACCUCCAGUGAGAAUCCCUGAUAUAUAAUACUAGCAAGAGUUGUGGGUCUGAUGGUCCUUUUCUUAAAAUAAAAUAAAUGGGUCUUGAUUGUUGCAUUGUACAUAUAGAUUAAUAGGUCCUGGGGAACUCUGUGUUCAUCCCUGAUCAGAAACACACCCAGCAGCUUCCUAGUGGUGUUGGUGUGAAGUCUGCAGGCUGAGGUACAGUGUAAGCAAGCAGGGUGCCCAGGAUGGGUCACUCAGAAAUCGCUUGAACCCCCUGCAGACCGUGCAUGCAGGUGAUGAGUGUUUGAGGAGCGAGGAUUUCAUACACAAGUUUGCGUUCAAUGCAAACUUGUCCCGUGCUGAUGAGAAGUCAGUUGAAUAUUUUUUUAAGACCAGAGAAUCCCGGUCUGUAGGACCGGUGACAUUAUACCAAGAUUUAAUGAAUGAAACUAAAAAGAUACUCGAAGAAUGACCUGUGCUUGUGUUCCCCAUAGAGACCAUGCGCUGCCAGCCAGCUGUGUGUGGGUGUGGGUGCGUGCGUGCGUGUGUGGAAAUGUAAAGAAUGCACCCCAGCCAAAAUUUUCAAGUCCAAACCCAUCCCUUUUUUAACUUUUUUUUUUUUUAAUAAUUAAUAGCCAGAUAUUCACAAGCCUGGAGAUUUGAACAAAGCCCUCACUUAGGGGCUACAUCUGGCUGUGGCUUUAACAGCAGCUUGCAGUGAAUUCUGUUGGUGCUUUCCUUCUCUAUGCUUGUUUUUGUAUUCACAUGAAACGGGGGGCGGACUGACUGCUAAGCUGUUACUGCCAAACUUUUCUCUCCCCUAAAGCUGAUGUCAUUAUUACAAGUCUGUACUGGUGUGUGUUGGGAUGGGGGUGUCGGUCCGGAUUCUGUCCCGUUGGGGGGUGACUGAGACACAAGGUGGUCAGGAUCCCUUGCCCGACCCCUCCACCCGGAUCAGGGUCACGACGUCUGGCAGAGAAUGAACUGGGUGGGGUUCAAACCCACCUCCCUGAAGGUGCGAGAUGUGAGCAGCUGGAAGAUUGUAAAUAAGGACAGCAAUGUUAUAAAUAAUAUAGAGGUCUCUGAAAGAGGCAAUAACAAUCCAAUGAAAAGUUUUUUGUACGUAUCGGAUAACAAUGACUGGAGGAGAGAUUAUAGAUAUUAAAAAGUGAUGAAAGUAAACAAA